GCGGCGGCCCGGCCGUCAGGUGAGCCCAAGAUGGCGGCGGCGCCGAGGCGGAGGCCGUGAGGGGAGCGGGGCCGGGGCUGCCCGGGCGGCCUCGGCGGCGGCGGCGGCGGCUGCAGGCGGCUGCUGAGGCCCGGUCGCUAUGAUCGGAGCCCCCGACGUGGUGGCGUUGGCCAGGCAGGAGGAGGAGGCGGCGGAUGGCGGGGACGGGGCGUGGAGGGAGCCGCCGCUGCCUGAGGAGUACUCGGUGCCUCUGGCGCCUUUGGGCGGGCACGGGGCCAACCCCUGGGCCCGGGCUGGAGGCCGCAAAUUCCUGCGGGAUUUCAUCCUGGUGGCCGAGUUCUCGGAGCAGGUGGGGCCGCAGCCGCUGCUCACCGUCCCCGACGACGCCAAGGUGCCGGGCAGCUUCGACCUGAAUUAUUUCUCGCUUCGCAUCAUGUCGGUGGAUUACCAGGCCUCCUUCGUGGGCCACCCGCCCGGCUGCGCUUACCCCAAGCUGAAUUUCGUCGAGGAUUCCAAGGUGGUGCUGGGGGACUCGAAGGAAGGCGCCUUCGCCUACGUGCACCACCUGACGCUCUACGACCUGGAGGCCCGCGGCUUCGUGCGGCCCUUCUGCAUGGCCUACAUCUCGGCCGACGAGCACAAGAUCAUGCAGCAGUUCCAGGAGCUCUCGGCCGAGUUUUCCAAAGCCUCCGAGUGCCUGAAGACGGGCAACAGGAAAGCGUUCGCCGGCGAGCUGGAGAAGAAGCUGAGGGACCUGGAGUACACCCGCAGCGUGCUGCACAACGAGACCGAGAUACAGAAGAAAGCCAACGACAAGGGGUACUACACCACACAAGCCAUCGAGAAGGCCAACGAGCUGGCCAGCGUGGAGAAAUCCAUCAUCGAGCACCAGGACCUGCUGAAGCAGAUCCGCUCCUACCCCUACAGGAAGCUGAAGGAUUCCGAAUUCCACCCCUACGAGCCCGAGUGCGCCCCGGAGCAGGCCGGCAGUGUGGGCAGCGAUCAGGAAUUGGCCGCCCCCGAGCUGGCUGAGGCGGGCGAGGAGAUCCCCUGCUCCCACCUGCCCUCCUACACCCCCAAGCUCAUCAAAGCCAAGUCGGCCAAGUGCUUCGACAAGAAGCUGAAGACACUGGAGGAGCUCUGCGAUAUUUAUUUCUUCACCCAGACCCUGGACCAGCUGCAGCAGAUCGAGAGGACGUUCAGGGGCGACGUGUGCUACCUCCUGACCAACCAGAUCAGCCGGGCGCUUUUGAAGCAGCAAAGCAUCACCAACUUCCUCUUCGAGGACGCGUCUUUUCUGGACGAAAAAGCCCCCGAAAAGCAGCACCGAGGCUGCCAGGAGCUCGGGCAAGAUGCCGUCGACGGAAAGUGCCCGGAGGAGUCCCCAGCCCCGAAAGUGGUCAUCAGCCUGGGGUCCUACAAAUCCAGCGUGGAGUGCGUGCCCAUCAAGAUGGAGCAGGACAUCGAUGACCCCCCGGAACCCGCGAUGACCGAAUCUGUAACUUUUGAGCCCCAGGAGAACCUGGACUAUCUCGAUGCCGACCUUAAAGGCAGCAUCAGCAGCGGUGAGAGCAUCGAGGUUCUCGGCACGGAGAAAUCCGCCUCGGGGCUGCCCAAAUCGGAGAGCCAGGCCAGUUUGCCCAUCAGCCCCAGUCCCCAGGUGGGCAGGAGCAAGGUGGGCAGCAGGAGGACCGUCAGCGAGGACAGCAUCGAGGUGCUCAGCACCUGCCCUUCCGAGGCGCUCAUCCCGGAGGACUUCAAAGCGAGCUACCCAAGUGCCAUUAACGAGGAACCUUACGCCGACGAGGAGGGGGGAGGCCUCCGCUUCGCCCCCAGGUUCAGCCCAGCCGAGGAGCGGGAGGACGACCCCGACCCCGCAAAUCCCACGCGGGUCGAUUCCGCCUGCUGCAUCGGCAAGGAGAGCCCUGGUUUCCUCGAGCCCCUGCCCGGCUUGGCCCACAAGCUGUGCGACGAGGACGGGGUGGUGAGGAUCCCCCCGCAGCCCUCCCGGCAAGCCGAGCAGGGCCCCGAGGGCAUCCCGGGAGGGCUUUUACCCCACGAGCUCGCCCCUCGCUCCCCGCUGGGCGGCGGGGAGCCGAGCAGGAGCAGCCUGGACGAGUGCUCGGACUCCACGAGCUACAUCAGCAGCGCCGCCUCCACUUGCUCCGACCGCACGCCCUCUCCCGCUCGCCCCCCGUGCCCGGCCAGCGAGAGGCACAAAAAAAAAGCCGGGCAGAACGCCCUGAGGUUCAUCCGGCAGUACCCCUUCGCCCACCCCGCCAUCUACUCCCUGCUGAGCGGCAGGACCCUGGUGGUGCUGGGGGAGGACGAGGCGAUGGUGAGGAAGCUGGUGACCGCCCUCUCCAUCUUCGUGCCCAGCUGCGGGGCUCACGCCAAGCCCGUGAAGCACUGGGGCACGGCCCCGCUGCACGUGGUGGAUUUCCAGAAGUGGAAGCUGAUCGGGCUCCAGAGGACGGCGUCCCCUGCGGGGGUGAACGUGCUGCACGCCCUCAGCCGCUACAGCCGCUACGUGAGCAUCCUGGACGCCGACAGCAAGACCCUGCGCUGCCCCCUCUACAAGGGCGCCCUGGUGGCCCGGCUGGCGGACCACCGCACCCAAAUCAAGCGAGGCAGCACCUACUACAUGCACGUCCAAAGCGUCCUCACCCAGCUCUGCUCCAAAGCCUUCCUCUUCACCUUCUGCCACCACUUGCACCUCCCCAUCGCCGAGAGGGAGCCGGAGGAAGCCGUGGCGAGCCGCCGGCUCAAUUUCCUCAAGCACCACCUGGGCCUCGCCAACGAAGAUCUCAAAAUCGUGCAGUAUUUAGCCGAGCUGCUGAAGCUGCAGUACAUUCAGGAACCCGGCCGGGGGGGGAAUCCCCUGCUCAGAUUUGACUACGUCCCCAGCUUUUUGUACAAAAUCUAGCGGCUCAUGGGCCACGCUCUGCCUGCCACACUCGGGUCCUGGCCCCGACCCCGCGUGCUUGCCGUCGAUGCCGUCUGCAGUCGCUGUCAUCCAUCAGGAAGGGGUGAAGGAGCCAGCGGGUCUGCCAGCACCUCAGCUCCCCAAAAAUCAGCAUCUGGGGGACUGAAUCCAGUUCCCUGUCGCCGAAAAUGUAGGGGUUCCAUCACGUAGGACGCUGGGCACUCCGUUUCGAAGGGUUAGAAGGGACGCUGGUAACUCCUGAGGGGUGUUGGGGUGGCUUCCUGGGGGGAUUGUGGCACAGAGGGAAGGUUUUAACCCAACAGGGAAGGUUUUAACCCAGCAGGGAAGGUUUUCACCCCGCAGAGCCUGACAUGAGCGUGGGGUGGCACCGUUGUGCCCGCAGCAGCAGCGGGUGGUGUCCCUCUGCAUCUCCUGAGCUCCCUGGCGCUUCCCAAAAUCUCUCAGCCCUGGGCCUGAGGGGCAGCAGUGAAGGCAGGGCUGCUCCUCUGCAUUUUUGCCAGCCUCUCAGCUUUGUAAAAACCUGGAAAGGGAAAGGGGCUCCUGGAGCAGGCUGGCGCUAGCGCCGCCGCCGUGAAUGUAGCACCGUGCCUUGUUCGUGUGUCACCUCCUGCGUGCUGGGCGGCUGCUGAGAGCUCUGGGGGGGGAAACCAGGAAUCCUCCCAGCUUUUCAGGCCGAGGGCGUCCUCGUAAGGAGAGGUGGGAGCUGAAGGGAGGUGGGAGGCUUAUUUUUAGGUGCUUUUUGGGAGGGGGAAACGAGCGGCACAGUUCAGCUGAAGCUGUGCUGUGUGAUGGCGAGUGUGGGGAGCAGGCUGCCUGGCUGCUGAGAGGUCUGGGAGGAAGGGGCUGGGCUCCACGCUGUACCUGUACGUGUUUUUUGUUUUUUUUUUUCCCCUUUCUGUUGGGCAGUUGCCCUUGGUGGUAAAGCAGGGUCAGCGUCGCAGCAUGCUGCUUCUGGCUGUGCCAAUUGAUUUUAUCUCCAAGCCUUCGCCGUGGCUCACCUACCUCUCGUUCCUGGGGAGUGCUGGAUGCAAAAAGCAGCCUCGCUUUUAUUUCUUUUUAGCACUCUGAUCAUGCGUUGAGAACAGCUGUGAUCUUGCGAGAUGAGCCGAGGAUUGUUUUUUGUUUUUUUUUUUUUUGAUUUGCCUGUUUUUAAAACCUCUGUUUACCACCAUCAUGAUGACGCGAGGCGGUGCUGCUGCAGAACGCCGUCCUUCUGCGCCUGGGGAGGUUCGUGUGGUCUGGGGUUUGUCAGCACGAGCUCGAUCCCGCUGGAAAUUGCUGUGAUAACUGCUCUGAAAGCCGUGCCCCGAAGGCAGGGAGUUGCCCGGGGUGUGCUGCCCUGCUGCCAGCAUCCACGCUUCAGUCCCGUGGCUGCCUCAUCCCUACCUGGAAAGGGCUCUCGAGGAGCUGAGGGAGGCACAAACUAACGGGGCAGAGGGUUUAGUUUAAAUCCUAGCAUUAUUUGUGGGGAUUUACAGUGAGGCAGUCGGGACUCUUGAGCUCGUGGUGCUCUCUGGGGGAUUUCUGAGGUCAGGAGGGGUUUGUUGGGGAAUUUCUGGUGCGUGGUUUGGAAGCGGCGUGGCUUUGCCUUUGCCAAAGGUGAGCAGUGUGCCGGGAUGUCAGCUGCUGUGUGUGCGGGCUGUGAACCCUCACAGCGUGCUCAGAACCUUCCCCUUCACGAUCCUGUGCCCUCCUGUCCCCUGUGAGCUGGGUGUGCUGGUGGAAAAACUCCCACGUCCACAGAGAACACGUCCUGCAGUGACUGGAGGCGUCCUCAUGUCCGUCUGUGUCCAUCUGAACAACUUCCAAACUGGCGGCUGCUCAUCUCCCUGCCCCAAAGCAGCUCUGAAUUCGGGAGGACACCUCAGGGGCUUCACGGGGACCUGUUGUGGAACGGGAGCUGUGUUACCUGCAGCCGUGAGGAGCCCGGGAGCCCUUCCAAACCUGGCUUGGGACGUGGAUCAGGAACCCCUGAGCUCACCGCCCCGUGGCAGGGAGCUGUGCUGGUGGUUCUGGAGCCCGAUUCCUGUCUUCUCACCCAUUUUUCCACCUCUCCGAUCUGCCUGCGCGGUGAAGAUCCCUCCGUCAGCACUUUAAGACGCUUUCCUCACCUUCCCCGUUAUCCUCCCUCGCUUCCACCCUCCGCAGGCUUCCCGCAGGUGAGGCUCUCGGUGCUCACAGCCCCCGCAGAGCACCCCGGUGUGCUCACACCUCCGUCCUCCCAGCACGAGCAGGGCUGGCUCCUCGCAGCCCCCCUUCUUCCAGCCCCGGCGGUGCUGUGCAUGGCCACCAUCCUCUGCCUGCCCCGAGCCUCCUGCAUGCUGCCCGUGGCCCCUCCUCGCUGCCAGCGGGACGGAUUUCCAAGCCUGAGCGGAGAAUUCAUCACCACCGAGGCCUCCCAGGGGCUGGCUGCGGGGCUGCUUUUGUGCUCCUCUCCUUCCCUGCCUCCGCAGCCCCCUGCUUGCUCAUGCCCUGAGCCGCUUUCAGCCUCGCCGCCAGGAUGGUGAGCCAUAGGAGCCGGCGCUGCCAAACCCUCUGCAGGUUUCUUUUCUCAGAGAACAGCGCUCGGAUUCACCUUGGGCCGCUGGCAAUCACUUCCGAGCAGCUCCUGAGCUGCCUUGCCUUGGCUAGGGAAGCACUGCCUACACUCGAGCAAUAUUCCCCAUUUCGGAAGGGGUGGGAGAGGCGCCGGAGGAGGCAGAGCUGCUGGCUCCCUCCCUCCCCCCUCCUCCCCACCCCUAGGCACAUUUUUUUUGGGUUUCGUUCAGCACUGGAGGCCCCGCUGCUGGUUUGGGGAGCCGGGCAGGACCCCACUGCGGGACACGGGGCUCGCAGCAGCCUUUUGGAGAGGCGACCUCAAAACGUGAUCAGCGAUCGGGCAGGGCUGCACGGGCUGAAGGAGGGCGCCUGCUCCGCGCUGUGCCCCGAAAGCACAACGUCAGAUCGAGGGACAGCCCCUGCCCUGCUACCUGAGGGAGCUUUGCACUUGCUGCUGGAGCUGCAGGGCUCACAAACCCGCCUGCUGCUCCCCGAGAUGUUUAACUGGAAGGCAGAAACAGGGUACCCAGCCCCGCUGCUCGCCCCAACGCGGGGCGAGCCUGGAUGGGGAUGGGGCUGGGCUCAGAGCUGCCUCCGAGGGCUGCCAGGAGGCUGGGAUGAAUUUCUCCUCUUCUUUUAAAGCACUGUAUCCUAUUCCUGCAUGUUGAGGUCCGUGUGCGUGCCUGUGUGUGCCGAAUGCUUGCGUCAGUAGUUAGAGCGAGUGUGACCGGGAGCAGUCCCAGAAGCAUGUCUCGGUGUCGUGCUGUCAAGUGUUCCUGCACAAGACUUUAACAGAUGUUAACACCAAACGACCAGUCUGAGAAAUGUACUUUUAAAAAAAAAAAAAAAA